ACACACACACACUAAGCAGAAGCGACAGCAGCAGAAGAGACAGAAGAGCUGGACGGUGAAGCGCGAGCUCCGUUUAAACCGGGGAUCUGGGGAAUUCAUUUGAACGCACGUGCCAUUCAGCGCGUUCAUCAAUGGGACGUUUCCGGUCCUCGGUGCUUCUCUUUUAUCAAUUUCGGAGUUUUUUUUUUUUUUUUUAAUCUGAUCUGAUUAAAAGGCGGAUGAAGUGACGGGUGGAUUUACCUGCAAGUGCGACACCCAAGAGAGACAAUGCUGGCCAGGAUUGUGUUCCUUUGUUCCUUUUUAGCUUGUGCUAGUUUUCAAGAGGAUGAGAGCCCUAAGGUGUCGUUUGGAGGAGCUUGUGAAACAUUGUGCACUUGUGAGGAGAAAGAUGGAGUGUUGCACAUAAACUGUGAGGAGAGGAACAUAAACAAGAUCUCUCAAAUCCAGGUACCUUCAGAUAGACCUUUCCAUCUGAAUCUAUACAAAAACGAUAUUGUGGAGCUGCUCCUAGAGGACAUGGAGGCUUUCAGGAAUGCAGUCACCUUGCAUCUGGGCAGUAACAGCAUACAAGAGCUGGUGCCUGGAGUUUUUGGCGCACUAGGCUCCUUGAAGAAGUUGCACAUCAACAGUAAUUUCCUGGUGAUGUUGAAAGAGGAUACUUUUCAUGGCUUGGUAAAUUUGGAAUACCUCCAGGCGGACACAAACUUUAUCCGGGUCGUGGAGCCUGGGGCUUUCAGCAAACUUGUCCGUCUCAAAGUCCUGAUCCUCAACGACAACUCCAUUGAGUUCCUUCCCAGCAACAUCUUCCGAUUCGUGCCUCUGACUCAUUUGGAUCUGCGUGGAAACAAUUUGCAGACUCUGCCUUACGUGGGCUUUCUGGAGCACAUUGGCCGCAUCAUUGAGCUUCUGCUAGAGGACAACAACUGGGUCUGUGACUGCCAGAACCUUCAUUUGAAGAUCUGGAUUGAGAACAUGCGAGCACAGUCAGCCAUUGGAGAAGUGGUUUGCAGCAGUCCCCAGCAUCUCAGGGGUACCCCUCUGGCCAAAGUGAAACGGGAUGUAUUGUGCCCAUCCCAUGCAGAUAUAAACUUUGAAGAACCAUCCAAGUCCCUGGACAUGGUGGUCACCCCUUCCACAAAGGUUGUCCAAAUACCAGACUCAAGAAAUGAUGCAAAGAUCCCCACACCUUCUCAUGUCCCAAAGACAUCCUGUGCAUCACAGUGUUCUUGUCAUAACCAUCCCAGUGCUGGGUUCCUCAUCCACUGUGAGGAUCGGGGCAUCCAGAGGAUAUCAGAUCUUGGAAUUUUUCAGCAAAGCCCUAGUAAGCUUGUUUUAACUGGGAACAUGAUAGAGAGACUCUUAAAAUAUGAUUUCGUUACAUAUGACAGUUUGGAAUGGCUGCAUCUGGCGAACAACCAAAUAAACUAUGUAGACAAUGAAACUUUCCUGAGUUUGAGCAAUCUGAAAAAGUUGUAUCUAAAUGGUAACAGGAUAGAGAAGAUUACUGCAACUAUGUUUGUGGGCCUCCACAAUCUGGAAUACUUGUACUUGGAAUAUAAUGCAAUCAGGGAGAUUGAGGCAGGAUCAUUCAACCCUUUGACAAACCUAAAGCUCCUGUUCUUAAAUAACAACCAGCUCAGCGCUCUACCAGCACAGAUAUUUAGAAACGUGCCCUUGACCAAGUUGAAUUUGCGAAACAAUCUAUUCAUGCACCUGCAGGUCAGCAAUGUGUUGGAGCAACUUGAUUUCCUGGAACAGAUUUACCUUGAGGACAAUCCUUGGGACUGCACAUGUGAUCUAGUCAGCAUGAAGCAAUGGCUGGAGAAGAUGAAAAAGGAUACAGUGGUGGGCUCCAUCUUGUGCCACAGUCCCAAAAAGGUGGUGAAUGCUGAGGUCAGGAACCUGAAGCAUGAUGUCCUCUGCCCUGGUUUGGUCACCCAUAACUCCUUGCCUUCAAGUGAAUUUGGGGUUGUAACAACAGAAGCACCAGAUGGAGGCAUAAACAGCUUCUUCCGUUCCCUAACGGAUGCAGUUCCUCUUUCUGUCCUCAUCCUCUGCCUUCUUAUUCUCUUCCUUACCAUCAUCUUCUGCUCCGCUGGGAUCAUCGUUUUUGUCUUGCAUCGCCGGCGCAGGCAUUCGAAGAAAAAGCAAGCUGAGGAGCAGCCUCGUGAAAACAGCCCAAUCCACCUGCAUUACAGCAUGUAUGGACAGAAAACAACUCAUCACUUGGCUGAGAGGCAUGACACGAACAUGUACGAUGAACCUUCUCGAAGUCCCAUCAUUCAGGUUUGCAGGAACCCCAGCUAUUGUUCACAGCACAAAGAAUAUGACACUGAGGAUUAUGACACAGAGAAACCAAAUCGGCUUCGCCACAGCAUCACGGAUAAGGAGAAUGGCUCCCCCCUUACAGGGUCAAUGAAGUACAAGGCCGUGUCCCAUGAGUAUCCUGCUGAUUUUGUUUCGUUGGCUGACAAGGGAUCUUUGUACAAAAACAUCCUGGAGCGGGAACGUGAACUCCAACAACUUAGCAUCACAGAAUAUCUCAGGAAAAACAUCUCACAGCUACAGGAUGUGCAAGUUCCCGGGCAUCAUCAAGAGCUCAAACUGAUGGAGACGCUUGUGUACACCAGGCCAAGGAAGGUUAUGGUGGAGCAGACUAAAAACGAGUACUUUGAACUGAAAGCUAAUCUACACGCCGAACCGGAUUACUUGGAGGUACUUGAGCAUCAGACAGCUUUUAACUGAGAUGCAGCACACUGUAACACUUAAAUAUCAGACCUGCUUCAAGUUAUAAUACCCAAAGUGCCUUGAUGAGUUUUAAGCAGACAUGAAGUGCAGCUGCUGAUCUUUGUGAAUGUGGUAAUUUAGGGGAACACAGUGGAGUGUAUUUUACUGAAGAGGAACCUUGACCUUGACCUACUUUUCAUAAUUAAAUGUCAAAUGAGGUCAUUGACUAUUCUGUUGAGUCUUGACAAUUUGCCAUAAAUAUAAUGUGCCAUUUGUCAAAUGCGGCCAUUUUCAGUCUGGUACUAUAGGACACAUUUGUCAACUUGUCACCUUAAAAAUGUAGAACAUUUAAGGGUUUUUCAGUUCUUCCUUUGGGGGAACCCUUUAAGAUUCUAUGUAGAACCCUACCACAAAAUGUUUUCCUAUCCCAAAGGUUUCCCAGUAGAUGUAGAAACAUUACUCCAGCUAGAGACAUUAAUUAGAACGAUUGUGGUUCUGAUUUGACCAAUCAGCAUUUGCAACUACUUUUAGCUCUGCCCCAUGGCCCAAUGUGACUCCCAUGGUGCCUGGGCAAGCAAGAGGGGUAACAAAAUUUAGCACAGGUACAGCAGGUACAACUAUUAAUGGUUCUAUGGAGAAUCCUACAACAUAGCAGAAAGGAUUCCAAGUAGAGUACUUUUGGAACCCUCAAUUACUCAGUAAAUCAUCAGUCGUGUAUGUCUUAAAUGUAUGUAUGUAAUGUAUGCAAAUGUAUACCCACUACAAAUUAUUGGCCAUUAUUUUCUUCUUAAUACCUAGAACCUGACUGGUGCUUAACAUUUAGUAACAUUUGGUACAUGGUACACUCAUAGAAAAAGGGUUUUUCAGUGGUUAUUUAUAGGACAAUUUGAUAAUUAAUGGUUGUCAGCCUCCUAAUAGGGUUCUAUCAGGAAGCCUUUAUGAUAGGGAUCUGUCAUAGGGUUCUAUAUAGAGCCAAAUAACUCAAAGUUGUUCAGUUAUAGUGCAUUUCCACUGGAUGUACCAGCCAUACCUGUGCAAAAUCUUCUUACCCCUCUUGCUUACCCUGUUACCAUGUGAGCCAAGUCAGGACAUGUGGGUGGAGCUAAAAAUAGUGCAUGCCAUUGAUGGGUCAAAACUCUUUGUGAUGGGGAACAUCAGGAUACAGAUAGUCCUGGCACUUUGUUACCAAGCCGUGCUGUCCUUUUUGGUAGAAAACUGCAAUUAAAGUCUAAAUCUCAUUGUCUUCCAUGCAGUGGGGGUUAAUGGUCUUCAAGUAUCUUGUUGGCUGUUGGAGUGUUUCGAUUGGUGGACUGUUUCUCAUUAUACACUGCUGUACCUUAACUCCUAGUACCAUCACCAUGUUCCUAUGUUGGUGCUUUUCUCGGUUAGAGUGGUGCCAAUACAUUGUACAGAGGAACAGAUAACCUGUGCAGAAGGUGCACCUGAUAAAUUGUCAGCUUGGUGUAAUUUUUAAUAUAUCUUCUGUUCAUUUUCCAUAACGUUCGUAUUUAUUUAUUCCUGACAUUUUUUGGCAGCAAAAAAAGCAAGACUCUGUCCAUAACAUUUUUAUAUGUUGCAUCUCAUCACAAUCACGAUCCCAGCAUAUACUGCAGGUCAUAAUUUUACAGAAAAAAAAAAUUGCACUAAUCAAAAUGCCAUUUAAGAGAUGGCACUUGACAAUCAAGUGUAGCUACUGGUGUGUACGAGAUUGAUGUAUACAGUUUUUUUGUUUGGUUCUUUUUGAUUUUCAUUACUCUACAUAAUAUAACGAACUCUUUUGUGUCAGCAUGAAAAAUAAUUAUUCAGGGUGGUUUGAAAGGAUUCGCUGUACGUAAGAGCACCAUAGCUUUAUUUUGUACUGAUGUAGAUCAGAGUAUAUUUAUUCUGUAUAUAUUUGUACAUAACGGAACAUUUCUAUGUAUGUGUGCCUUUCGAUGUUGUAAUGAUGGAUGUAAAUAAAACUUACAGUAUAGUGUACAGUAAAAAUAA